AUGUCGGGAUCUUCAGGGUACGGAGCGGUGUCCCUUUCCCGGGAGUUCGUGUUUGACAUGCGGCAGCACCCGUCUUCCCCGCCCCGCCACGUGUCCGCGCGCUGGUCCGGGGCUUCGCAACCCGCGCACGCGCAGCCUCCGCCGAAGGAGCUUCUGCGCAGCGACGAUGAGGAUGAGGACGAGGACGGGAUCGAAGACCCGGACGACGCGGAACAGCCCCCCCCCGCCCGGCGCGCGCACACUGCGUCGGAUGCCAUGCGCGGAAAGCAGGGCGCGCGCCCUAUCAGCGGGGCCGGUGGAGGUGCGAAGGACGUGGGGUUUGCGCACAAGGGGAACGGCCCGCUGAGCCCCAGUGGUGGCUUGGGGGCAGUGUCGCGUUACCACACCACCAGCAACGCGGAGAGACGGCACAGGGCGGAAGACGGAGGAACGGGCGGAAGGAGAACGUCGCUGGAGGGCGGACGCAUGAGUAGUAACUUAAGCGGCAGCAGCGGGUUUAGCAGCAGCACGGGGUCGUUAAGAGCGUCGGUCGACGCGCCGCAGAAGUCGUCCUCGAGGCGCCUGUCCGCGUCUGCGUCUUUUAAUCCGCGCUCCUCUCACGCCGCGACCACGUUCAACCACUCCGGACCGCACGCCGCCGCGCAUUCGGGUCCGCAGGCCGCGCUCUCCCCGCGCGCGGGCGGCCCAACCGGAGGCGGAGGCUCGGGUCUUGGUUCCGGACCUCAAUCCAGGUCCGCUAAGCUGCGCUUCUCCAAGUCCCUUAAGAAGGUCGCGGGGGAGGCGGGGGGGGACGCGGAAGACACCCCGGUGGCGGACUCCCUCCUCCGCCGCCCGCCUGCUCUCGAACUCGGCAAGCUGUCCGCGGGGGCGGCAGCAAGCGCGUCGUUUUCCGGGCCAGUGCUGGGAUCCGGGGACGCGGGGCGGGAGGGGGCGCAAGCAGCGGGGGAAGCAGCGGGAGGGGAGAGGGGGAGGGCAGCGGGCGGAGGUCCGGUUCUUGACCAGAGCAAGUCGGGGCGGAGGGCGUUCCUGGGGUUGCUCAAGGGGCUGCGCUCGCCGCGGCUGUCAGGCACGUUCGACCUCGCCACUGGCGCGGGGCUUAAGAGCCCCACUGGCGGAGACGACUGGGCCGCGGCCGCUGCUGCUGGCGCGGCUGCGGUAGGGGCUUCGCCGAGAGGAGCGGGGGGAGGGGGAGGAGGUGGGGGCGCGGGGGGUGCGGGGGGCAGGAGCGGGAGCCCCGCGGAGGCAGCAGCAGGCGAGCGGAAGAGCGCGUCCCGCCCGUCCCUCUCCCCCUUGCGCAGCCCGCGGCUCUUCUCCUUCAGCGGAUCCAAACGCUUCGAUAAGAGCCCACGCGGUAUAGCACACAGCCUCACAGGCACAGUGUCCAUGCGGAGCCCCAGGGGGGGAGGGGACGGCGGGGGCAGCCCGGAGGAAUGGACAGUGGGCACUGGCGGGAAAGAGGGCAUCUUAAAACGGGGAUACGCGGACGUGCGGAAGGUGUACGAGGUGGGGGAUAAGAUCGGCGAGGGGCGGCCGGGGGUGGUGGUGUAUGCUUGCACGGCGAGGAGGAGCGGGCGGGCGCUGGCAUGCAAGUCGAUAGACAAGAAGACGCUGGAUGAUGAUAAAAAGGCGGAGGCGCUACGGCUGGAGGUGGAGCUGAUGAAGCAGCUGGGCGUGCAUGGGGGCAUCGUGUCGGUCCGUGAUGCCAUCGAGGAUGACACGCACGUGCAUCUGCUGAUGGAGCUGUGCAGCGGGGGCGACCUCCUCAACUUCGUCAACACGGCACCAGCCAUCUCGGAGCAGCAGGCCGCCACUAUAGUCAGGCGCCUGGCGGACGCCGUGCGCUACUGCCACCGCCAGGGCGUGGUGCACCGGGACCUCAAGCCAGAGAACAUAUUGAUGGCCGCUAAGGGCGCCUGUGCGGUGCGCUACUGCCACCGCCAGGGCGUGGUGCAUCGGGACCUCAAGCCCGAGAACAUACUUAUGGCUGCUAAAGGCGCCUGGUGGGACCUGCGUGUUGCUGAUUUCGGCAUCUGCGCCAUGCUCAAGCCAGGCGAGCGCAUCCGAGGCUACGCAGGCAGCCCGUUCUACAUUGCGCCAGAGGUGCUGGGCGGCGAGCGCAUUCGCGGCUACGCAGGUAGCCCUUUCUACAUCGCCCCAGAGGUGCUGGGCGGUGCGUACGCCUUCGAGUGCGAUGUGUGGUCGCUGGGCGUGGUGCUGUACGUGCUGCUGGCGCAGAAGCUGCCCUUCUGGCACGACUCGGACGCGGGCGUGUACAAGCUGAUCCUCAAGGGCCACGUGGACACGCGCACAGGGCCCUGGACGGGCAUUUCGAGAGAUGCCAAGGGACUCGUGCACCGCAUGCUGACGAGUGAUGCCAGCCAGCGCAUCACUUUGGAUGAAGUGAUUGGUGAGUGGGUGGGGGGCGAAAAGGGGAAGGGGAUUGGAAUGGCACUCGUGCACCGCAUGCUCGCGUCUGAUGCCUCCCAGCGCAUCACGCUGGACGAAGUAAUCGAGCACCCAUGGGUGGUGGCGAAUCAGUGUGAGGUGCCAGAAGCACCGCCGCCCCCAUCAGAGGCAGAGACGAAGCAGGCCAAGAGGCGGCGAGCCAUUGCACGCUCCUCGCUCUUUUUGCUCGCCCCCCACCGUCUCCUCGCCCUCCGCUCAUCUCUCCUUCCCUCCGCGCUCCCUCGCCCUCCGCGCAUUUCUCCUCGUCCUCCGCGCGUCGCGGGUCAGGUGCUCGGCGAUUUGCUCAACAAUCUCCCCAGCGCGCAGGAGAUUUCCGCCAAUCCGUUCCCCCCGCCGGGGCCAUUCAGCGCGCCUGAGACGCAGGUCGGCGCAAACCGAGACGGCGACGGGCGGGAAGGGGGCAGCAGCUGGGGCAGCGGGGGAAGCGGCGGGGUAAGCGCGCGAGAAGCGCAAGCCGCCUCAGGGAGAGGCGGGAGCGGAGGCGCAGGGGGGGAGCAGAACGGCGGAGUGCAAGCAGGAGUUGGGGGGAACAGAGCGGGGGGGGCGGAAGGAGCUGGCGCGGGUGGCGGGGGAAAUGGAGGGCUGGGGGGUUUGGGGGGGAUGGGAGGAGUGGGGGGAGUGGGCGGGGACGAUAGCCGGUCGGGGAGUGAGGAGGAUGGGACGUCGGAUGGGGAUGGGAUGGGCGGGCGGGACAAGAAGAAGGGCAAGCGGUAUCACCGCCACACGGCUCAACAGAUCCAAGAAAUGGAAAGGCUCAAAUCGAGAGGGCAGAGAAAGAACGCGAUGCUGAGGCAGGAGAACGAUCGGCUGCGCAGCGAGGCGCAAACGGAGAGGGCGGAGAACGCGAUGCUGAGGCAGGAGAACGAUCGGCUGCGCAGCGAGGUGAUGCGCCUGCGCUCCGUGCUGGCGGCUGCUGCUCCAGCUCAAACUGAACGAGCGGAAAAUGCGAUGCUGCGGCAGGAGAACGAUCGGCUGCGCAGCGAGGUGAUGCGGCUGCGGUCCGUGCUGGCUGCUGCUGCAUGCCCCGCAUGCCACACUCGCCUCGUGCCGGGCAGCGGUGGUGAUUCCAUGCACGAUGCCUCGGCGGUGGCGGCUCAGUUGAUGGAGGAGAACGCACACCUCAAGAACGAGAUAGAGCGAGUGUCGAUGCUGGCAGCGCGGCAGCUGGCAUCAAGGGGCGCUAUAGAGCGAGUGUCGAUGCUGGCAGCGCGGCAGCUGGCAUCAAGGGGCGCUGUGGACCCCAUGGGCCCUGCCACAAUCGCUGCUCUCAACGCCGCUGCUGCUGGCGGCAUGCAGGCUGCAGCCAUGGGCGCGGGCGGGGGGAAUUCCUCCGCUGCCGGCAAUGCUGCUGGUGGUGCUGGUGGUGGUGGUGCUGGUGGGGGCAGGGAUUUCGGUGGCGGUGCUGCUGGUGCUGUUGGGAGUUUUGGCAUGGAGUCGAGUGCUAGUGCGCUGCAACGCAUGCAGCAGUUUCAACAGCAGCAGCAGCAACAGCAGCAGCAGCAGCAGCAACAGCAGCAGCAGCAGCAAAAGCAGCAGCAGCAGCAGCAGCAGCAGCAGCAGCAGCAGCAGCAGCAGCAGCAGCAGCAGCAGCAGCAGCAGCAGCAGCAGCAGCAGCAGCAGCAUGGGGGGGUUGCUAGGGGAUAUGCAGUGGCGGCUGGGAGGGCUAUGAAUGAGCAUGGGAUGAUGGGCCUAUUGGGUGGUGACGCAGCAGCUGCUGCAGCAGCGAGAGCAGCAGCAGGGGGGGGAUCAGCAGGGGCGGGAGGCGUGGGGACGAGUGGCAUGGACGGGAUGUCGGAUUUCCAUCGCAGCAACACCGGGAGGAGCAACCACUCCAACGCCUCGCCUCAUGCUCCUGCUGCUGCUGCGGCAGGAGGAGGAGGCGGAGGAGGGGGAGGAGGGGGAGGGGGAGGAGGAGGGGGAGGCGGAGCAGGCAGCAGCAGCAGCGGGUUGCUAUACGACAUGGGCGGGAAUGGAGCUGCCCGAACCGCUGCUCAUGCUGACGCCGCUGCAGCAGCAGGCGGAGGAGGAGGGGGAGCGGGAGGCGGAGGAGCAAACGGGUCUCUUUUUGGCCUGGCUAGCGGGUGGGGGCUAGCAGCAGGAGGAAUAGGAGGAGCAGCAGGAGGAGCAGGAGGAGCGGGAGGAGGAGCAGCAGGGGGAGCAUUCGGGCUAGGCCCAGGUUUCCCAGCAUCAUUGCGAACAGGGGGAGGCAUGAUCAACCCAGUAGGAGGAGAAGCAAUGGGGGCCUUACUAGGCGCAUCAGGGGAAGGCGGAGGCCUGUCAGAUUCAGAGAGAGAUGUGGUUAUGGACCUCGCUGUCUCCUCUCUAGAGGAGCUCGUAGGCUUGGCGCAGAUCAACGAACCUCUCUGGCUCCCGGGCCUGCUCUCCCGAGCCUUCGACAGGCACGGGAGCGGCGGGAGUGGGGGGAGCGGGGGGGGUGGAGGCGCCGGGGGGGGUGGUGGGGGCGGGGGGAACGGGGGUAUGGGCGGUGGGGGAGGGGGCAUGGCGGGGAAUGGCGGGGAGCAGCUAAAUCGCACGGAGUAUCGGCUGAGGUUUCCCAACUGUGUGGGGGACGGCCCUCCGGGGUUGUCCAUUGAGGCAUCAAGGGCGCGGGGAGUGGUUACGCUGAACGCGCUCGCUCUCGUAGAGCUCUUCAUGGAUCCGGUGGCUACAAACCCUUUCAUACGCGUGGCUCAACUAGCCAUCACUAGCAUACUCUCGCCGCGACCUACGCCGUCGCCGCCGUUCCCCCCCCCUCCCGCCGCGAUUACGCCUUUCUCGCCUGCGGAUUCCACCGCCGCGAGCGCAACGCCGCUGUCCCCUCCUCCCCCCCGCCGCGACCCCCUGUCGCCGCCUCCCCUUCUCGCCGCCGCGCCUGAUUCGGCGCCGCCUGCGCAUCCUGCCGCCGCGACGCCUCGUCGCCGCCUGCCCGCUGCCCGUCCCUCCGCCGCGACGUCACGUCGCCGCGUUCCCGCCGCCGCGCCUGCUACGGCGCCGCCUGCGUAUCCUGCCGCCGCGACGCCUCGUCGCCACCUGCCCGUCCCUCCGCCGCGACGUCUCGUCGCCGCGUUCCCGCCGCCGCGCCUGCUUCGGCGCCGCCUGCGCAUCCUGCCGCCGCGACGCCCCGUCGCCGCCUGCCCGUCCCUCCGCCGCGACGUCUCGUCGCCGCGUUCCCGCCGCCGCGCCUGCUACGGCGCCGCCUGCGCAUCCUGCCGCCGCGACACCUCGUCGCCGCCUGCCCGUCCCUCCGCCGCGACGUCUCGUCGCCGCGUUCCCGCCGCCGCGCCUGCUUCGGCGCCGCCUGCGCAUCCCGCCGCCGCGACGCCUCGUCGCCGCCUACCCGUCCCUCCGCCGCGGCGUCACGUCGCCGCCUCCCCUUCCCGCCGCCGCGCCUGCUUCGGCGCCGUCUGCCCGUCCCGCCGCCGCGACAGCUCGUCGCCCCCUGCCCGUCCCGCCGCCGCGACCUAA